AUGGUGAGUGUUGAUGAGAUCCGUCAGGCACAACGAGCUCAAGGCCCCGCCACCGUGUUGGCAAUUGGAACUGCAAAUCCUCCCAAUUGCGUCGAUCAGAGUACCUACCCCGAUUACUACUUUCGUGUUACCAACAGCGAGGACAAGACGGAACUCAAGCAAAAAUUCAUGCGCAUGUGUGAAAAGUCAAUGAUUAAGAAGCGAUACAUGUAUUUGACAGAGGAAAUUUUGAAGGAAAAUCCGAAUGUUUGUGCUUAUAUGGCACCAUCAUUGGAUGCAAGACAAGACAUGGUGGUUGUAGAGGUACCAAGGUUGGGAAAAGAAGCUGCAACAAAAGCUAUUAAGGAAUGGGGUCAACCAAAGUCCAAGAUCACUCACCUCAUCUUUUGCACUACUAGUGGUGUGGAUAUGCCCGGUGCUGAUUAUCAGCUUACAAAACUGCUUGGCCUCCGUCCUUCGGUGAAGCGUUAUAUGAUGUACCAACAAGGGUGUUUUGCUGGUGGAACGGUUCUUCGUUUGGCAAAAGAUUUGGCUGAGAAUAAUAAAGGCGCUCGCGUGCUUGUGGUUUGUUCUGAGAUCACUGCAGUUACGUUUCGUGGUCCUAGUGAAACACAUCUUGAUAGCCUUGUGGGACAGGCCUUGUUUGGAGAUGGUGCUGCUGCUGUGAUUGUUGGUUCGGAUCCGUUACCAGAUGUUGAGAGACCUUUGUUUGAGUUGGUGUGGACUGCACAAACAAUUCUUCCGGAUAGCGAAGGAGCUAUCGAUGGUCAUCUUCGCGAGGUUGGGCUAACAUUUCAUCUUUUGAAAGAUGUCCCUGGACUCAUCUCGAAGAAUAUUGAAAAGGCCUUAGCUGAAGCCUUUAAGCCUUUAGGUAUAUCUGAUUAUAACUCGAUCUUUUGGAUAGCCCACCCCGGUGGACCAGCGAUUCUCGACCAAGUCGAGGACAAGUUAGGCUUAAAGCCUGAAAAAUUGGCAGCCACUCGACAUGUGCUAAGUGAGUACGGAAACAUGUCAAGUGCGUGUGUGUUAUUCAUUUUAGAUGAGAUGAGGAAGAAGUCGAAAGAAAAUGGAGUCGACACAACUGGUGAAGGGCUUGAGUGGGGCGUGUUGUUUGGUUUUGGUCCAGGACUCACCGUUGAGACUGUUGUGCUACGAAGUGUUGCUCUUUGA